AUCAGAUCUUAAUUCUUUAAUCCCACCACGUGACAAAUUCAACUCAACGAACACACUUGUCACACAGGCCACGACUGCGACAAACACACAUAACCAGUCGUCCUACAUCUACGAACGCAACCCUCAGCCGGCCGCGAGACAGCGUCGCCAUAAUGCCUUCAUCAAAUGCGUGGCUCGAUUACCCCGUCUUUGAGCAUGCUUGGUCUAAGCAAGAACUGGCAACGGAACAAGACACAGCCAAUCUUCGGGCAAACGAUAGCGCCAUGACAAUGGAGUCAGAAAAAUAUUUCAACUGCCCUCUAUCACGACAGCGAGACACACCACCCGAAUCACCAAAGUAUAUCGAGAUGCAAUCGUCGCCCAUGUCAUCACCAAUAAGUGUGUAUUCCUCUACGCCCAUGGUCCACCAACAGUCUCUCGAUUCUGAGCUCCGCAUACUCAACGCUGAGCUCGCAAAGUGCCAAAUGACGCGAGAUGCCUUGGCCCGACGCGAAGCAGCUCUUCUUGAAAUGAAGGCAGAGGUAGAAGAGGAGAUGAAGCUAAAGGCUGAUACCGAGGCAGAGGAGAGGCAAAGACAGGAAGAGGAGGAAGAGGAGAGCGAUGUUGACGAGGUGCUGUUCAUGCGAAACGUCCAAAAAAGGGUAGAAGACGGACUGAAGAACUAUGGUACCCGGACGAGUGAUACGAUGAGGGGAAGACAUGACACGCGAGACCAGGAUCAAGAGAAAGAAAAGGCGACAAAACCUGUGCCCAUCAGCGCCCCAGAACGGAGAAGGCUAGCACGCCUGGCCUUACUCAAACGAGAUCCCCGUCUUGCUAACUAAGCUGGGAAGAAUCUGUCGUGUAGUCGCUACCAUGUUCUUGUGAAUUUCUUAGCACAUGAAAUAUGUUUGUUACGCUCGUCCAACACCUGCAGGUAAUUUCGAGGUGGUGGUUUAUGAUUGGACUCCACUGCUUUCAGUACAAUAUCGGCAUUGAAGUUGUAAUUCAUCAGCGAAUACACACCCAUCACCAACUCCA